GUCUUUUUAGACUGAAGAAAAUCUUUUCUUUUUAGGCCAGCCAAGUGGAGCUGAUGACUUUGAGAGAACCUUAAUAGCUGUUCAGGGUGUAUAAAACCUGUGUAGCUUUGUAAAUAAGAUUUUUACAACCAUUUUGAAGCACAAUGGAUCUUACUGCCAAACAUGGGCUGCUGCUGCUCGAGCAGCUGAAGAAGAUGAGGGAGGUUGAGCAUCUGACAGAUGUGGUGCUGGUUGCUGAGGGCAUCAGCUUUCCCUGUCACAGAGUUGUUCUAUCCGCCUUCAGCCCAUACUUCCGUGUUAUGUUCACCUGUGGUCUGCGUGAGUGCAACAACAGAGAGAUAUUCCUGCGUGACACCCCUGCAGACAGCCUGGCACUCCUCUUGAACUACAUGUACUGCUCAGAUCUUCCUCUCACUAAUGCCAAUGUACAGGGCAUCUCUAUUGCAGCUUUUCUUCUGCAAAUGGAUGAUGUCUUCACUCGCUGUCAGCUGCACAUGAUGGAGAACAUGGAUGCUUCCAAUUGCCUCGGUGUGUAUUACUUUGCCCGUGACCUUGGUGCAGAGGAACUGGCUGACCAAGCUCAGCGUUUCCUGAGGCAGCACUUUGUUCAAGUUUGCCAGAAUGAGGAAGUCGUGGAGUUGGAGGCCCAUCAGCUCGUAAAGCUUCUGUCAUCUGACGAUCUGAAUGUUUCUCGUGAAGAAACCAUUUUGGAUGUGGUUCUUCGUUGGGUCAAACACAGCUCUCUGUUGGAUGGAGAAGUACGUGUUCGACAUCUCCCAGAGCUCCUGAGGAAGGUCCGUCUGCCACUGAUAAACCCUGACUACUUAAGAGAAGCAAUAAAGAGAAACACAGCCCUGCUGGCUGAUGCUGAAUGCCUGGAGAUUGUGAACGAAGCACUGGAGGCCACUGCAUUGCAUCCUUCAGCUGCACCACGCAAACUAAAGCUGCGGUAUGGCAUGGAGACCACAGAUCUGCUGCUCUGUAUUGGCAAUGACGGUAGUGGGAUCAGGUCAAGGUACGGAAACUAUGCCGAGCGCAGCUUUUGCUAUGCCCCAUCCACAGGGCGAACCUACUACAUCACUUCACCUCGCUAUGGAGAAGCUCUGGGGUAUGUGUGUGCUGGGGUUGUGACUGAAAGAAAUGACAUUAUUGUAGCAGGAGAGGCAAGUGCUCGCAGAAUGGCCCGACAGAAAGACAUUAGUGUUGAGAUCUACAGGUACAAAGUGGAGGCCCAAGGAACCUGGGAGCACCUGACAUCAGCAGAGUACCGUGACUCUUAUGCUCUGGGAUCAGUGGGAGACACCCUAUACCUACUGGGAGGGCAGAUGAAGCUAAAGAACCAGUUACUCAUCACAAACUGUGUGGAGCGGUGGUCUCUGCAGGGUGGACCCUGGCGGAGUGCAGCACCUCUUCCUAUGCCUUUGGCCUGUCACAGUGUGGUCAGAAUGAAAGAUCGCCUUUAUGUGAUGGGUGGUCGAACCCCACAGUCAUACCGGAUGGAUGAGGAGCCCGACUGUCUUAGUAACCGCCUCUUGGAGUAUGAUCCAAACACAAAUAAAUGGACAGAGCUCAGUCCCAUGAAGUACUCAAAGUACCGGUGCAGUGCUGUGGUACUUAAUGGGGAAAUUUAUGUCAUGGGAGGUAUUGGGUGUGAGGGUGUGGAUCGUGGACAAUCACGUCACUGUCUCAAUGUGGUGGAGAUUUACAACCCAGAUGGAGAUUAUUGGAGGGAUGGACUUCCUCUGCCAUGUUCCCAGCUUUCACUACGUACCAAUGCCUCCAAUGCUGGAGUUGUGGGAGGAAAGAUUUAUAUUUGUGGCUAUUACAGAGGAGCAGAUCGCCAUGAUAACAUAACAAAGGACAUUUUGGAGCUGGAUCCAUGGGAAAACCGGUGGAUUGCGGUGGCUCAGCGUGCUUUAAUGCAUGACAACUAUGACGUCUGCUUAGUGGCAAAUCUCAACCCAAGGGGACUCCUAUCCCCACCUGCAGAGUUAGUAAAACUGUAACAGUGCUGUCAGUCAGAUCAAAGUCUGUGAGGGAGAAUUAGUGAAGGAAAUUAAUUAUUAAUGCACUUAUUGCACAGCUUAUGGCAUUCAUUUUUUUUCAAGUAGAAAAGAUCUUAGCACUCUGCACGAAAGAGGUGUCUGUGGUUAAAUGCUUGGUUGCACAUUGGGAAGAAGGAAAGUAAUUUGUAAAUACAAUAUUUUUAUUGCUUCUUAUUUUGUUGUGUAACAGCUGCAAAGUGGAUUAUCCCAAACCUGCAGCUGUGUGGUAUAUCUGGAGCAUUAUUAGUAGCUCCAGGAAAGGAUUUUCUUUGAGGGGUAUGAAUGAUUAUAGUAGUGGACAUAAUGCUUUGAUAGAUAUUGUAGCCAAAUUCUGGU